GUUUGGUAUCGGUCUUCAACCUCAACGAUGUCGACAAGUUGUGGAAACCCGAACGCGGAGAGCGAUGCGCUCAUGCCUCGGAGACGGAAGUUUGACCGAUCAAAGCUCUGUAUUAAGUGCAAGAUUAAUCAAGGCAAUAUAGUGAUCCGUCAUGCUGUAUAUUGCAAGGACUGUUUCUUGCCCAUGAUGUACAAUAAGAUCAAGCGGACCAUUGAACCGACAAUCAACCCCACGCCAGAGGGUCCCCGCAAGAAAAAUCUCAACCCGUCAGGGAACCUCGUCAUAGCCUUCUCAGGGGGCCUCGGGUCCACAGUCCUUCUCGAUGUCAUUUAUCGUGGUUAUUUUUCUUCGCGACGACCUCGCGGAGAGACAAACACACUAUCAGAAGGCAAAGAUCCGAAGAAAGAAAGGGUGUGGAAGGAAGGCAAGGUCUGCUAUGUUGAGGUUUGCGGGGCGUUUCACGGGAUGCGCGACCGGACGGAUGACGUGCGCCGCAUCGUAGAGCGGUACGAUGACCUUGAAUUUGUGCCCUUACGCAUCGAGGACGCGUUUGACGAGAGUUGGUGGGAAAGCGUAGACUUGAUACUAUCGCCUUGCUCUAGGAACGGGACACCUCUGUCCGCUCUAUGCAACUACCUAUCCUCCCUCCCUGCUCCUACAGCUAUUCCAUCAACGCUUCAGACCCUAACCCGCCUUCUUCUCCUACAUACUGCUCUAUCGACCCACUCCUCUCACCUCGCCCUCGGCACUUGCCUCACGUCUCUCUCAAUAUCCCUUGUAUCGCUGGUCGCCCAAGGCGGGGGUUUCAAUCUCAAGGAGGAAGUGCAAGAGGAGUGGAGUCCAGAUAGUUUGUCACGGUCGAAAGGUCGGAGCGUAAGGGUUGUGAGACCACUGAAGGAUAUUGUGAUGAAGGAGUGCGCGAUGUAUGCAUGGUGGAAGGGCCUGGAGAUUGUGGGCCAAGAGACAUGGCCAGGCGCGAGGCAAGGCAUCAGCAGAAUUACAAAAGAUUUCAUCAUCGGCCUGGAGAAGGACUACCCCUCGACUGUGUCGACUAUCGCGCGGACAUGUGCGAAGCUGUCCCCGAAAGAUCAUGCCGUAGGGACAUGCAUACUAUGUAACCGGCCUGCUCAGCCCGGGGUUCAAGAGUGGAAAAAUCGCAUAUCGAUCCGGUCGCUGAGCACCGACCCUCCGGUUUCGUCGGAGAAGGCCUCACUCGCGCCUUAUCUAUGUUAUGCCUGCCACACCACCUUGACAAGCAAGAGCAGCAAG